AUGAAGCUAUCAACGACGACCACGGCCAUAGCAGUACUUGGCCGUGCAGUCGCCCUCCCAAGACCGCAUUCACCGGAUUUCUCUUGGGCAGAUACGAAGUACCUCAUCGCCUUCGGCGACUCAUACACCUAUGUCCAAGGAACUCAUGGCCAUCAGAACUACAGCUUCAUCGGCGACGCCUCCAACCUCGCCUUCAGCCCCCACGACCUCCUCUCCAACCGCAUCGUCCAAAACCAAACCUCCACAGCCGAAGGCGGCCCAAACUACCUCGAAUACCUAACAACCUGCGGCCUGACCCCAGGCCUCACCGACCCCCAAACCUGCCCUAUCCAACUCUGGGACUUUGCUUUCGCCGGCGCCGACAUCUCCACAACCUACACCCCCCUCCACCACCCCUUCACCGUCUCCCUCGUAAACCAAACCGAGCAAUUCCUCACCUACGCAGACCCUGUCCUCACCCCUCUAAUCGACAAAGACAAAACACUAGUAGUCAUCUGGAUAGGAAUCAACGAUAUCGGCGACUCCGCCCACUACGCCGUCGACUUCCCGACCUUCUACGCCAACCUCACAACCACGCUCUUCGCCUCCCUAGAUCCCGUAGCCGAAGCAGGCUAUAAAACUUACCUCAUCAUGCUCCUCCCGCCUUUAAACCGCAGCCCGCCCAACCUCGUCCGCGCCGCCGGAGGACCCCUCCCCAACGCCACAAUGAUAAAUUGGUACAACAACGCCCUCACCACCCGUGCCCUCGCCUUCCAAUCCAAGCACCCGGGCUCCAACGCCUUAGUCUUCGAUACCACGACUUUCCUCAAUUACGUCCUUGAUCAUGCGGCCGAGUACGGGAUCCAGAAUACCACGGGCUAUUGUCCCGGUUACGAUCAACCGGAUAUUGGGACCGAUCCGGGGAAGUAUGGAUGUGAGGCUUUGGAGAAGUAUUUCUGGUUUAACACGGGACAUUUGACUUCGCAUACUCAUGAGAUUUUGGCGGGGGAGGUCGGGAGGUUUUUGGUGGGGCAGUCGUCGUCGUGGGGGCGAGGAGGAGGAGGAGGAGGAGGAGGAGGGUGGUGGUGGGGGUGGUGA